GACUAGCAAAAAGUAUUAGACCCAAGGGCACACCAUUUCCAAAUAUCUAAACCCAAGCACAUGUCCUCAUAUAUUCUCUUAAAUAAAACUAACACAAGAAAUGAAAUGAAAGAAAAACAACAACAAUAAAUCAAACGUACACACCACAGCUUCUGUAAAUUAACCCUUCACAGAUACAACAAACAAGACACAGAGAAAAAAAAAAACUACAGAAAAAAAGAAAGAAAGAAAAAGAAAAUAAUUCAAAACAGUUUGUAGAAAGCACAGAACAUCAUCCCCUUUGAAGCCAGAACAACGGUACAAGCAAUGUAGUCACUAUUUUCUUAUUUCUCGGAAAAGGAGUUACACUUUAUCCUCUGACAGUCGAGUGCACUAAGUAUGUAAAUCCGCUGAACACGCCAUAGACGACGAUAGAAGCGAAAUUAUACAACGAUGAGGUUUUCUGCAGUCAUCCUCGUAGCCUGCGCGUCAUGGCUGGCAGAGGGACACCUCGCUGACAACAUGGUGCAUGACACAGGACUGCCAACGUGUCAUGCAGCGCUCCACCAGGCGACACACCCGCCCAUAUCCGCCCCGAUGCCUCCCGAUAUCCGAGGGAAGUGGGUGUCAACAAGCUGUGAGACGCGACCAGGCCCUCAGUACGUACUACGAGCCUACAACUUCCACCGCGAUGGCACCUUCCACUUGGCACUCCACUUCUACCGCGACCCGCACUGCGCCCACCCCGCCCACUCCCUAGCCGCCCACGGUCACCUUGCCCUCGGCCGCCCUUCCUGGGUCACGCCCGGAGGCACAGAGGCCGAGUAUACGCUCAGCAGGGUUGAGGUCGUCGCCCACACGCACCGCGACGCCGCCAUGGUUGCCGCCGCAGUCAACGCCUCCUGCCCGGGCAAGGUCACGAAGCCAUGGAAGCCCCACAAAGCCCACACUGUUCUCGCCUACACGGAGACCGGCAACCACGUGACCGAAGACGAGGAUUGUGGGCGUGGUCUCGGAGGGGCGUGGCAUGAGCUGCAGCUGCUGAGGGUGGAGGAAACGUCCCCCUUGAAGGCCAAGAAGGACCCGUCUUCCUCCUCCUUAAGGAUGCGUCGGGAGCUGUUUUUAGGGGACCUCCAUACCGAUCUCAGCAAGCAGGAUAUUUACCGUCCGACGGGAUACCAGCAGCCUCUCCUCAAUACGAAAUAUGUGAGUGACUGCGCCGUCUGUGGCCUCGUGGGGAGGAGCAACGAGAGAAGCCCCGCCCACCUCCACGCCGGGCCCGACCUCCCUCUCCUAUUGGCCGGCUCGUGGGCGUCCCACCGCUGCGAGACACGCCCCUAUGGGAUGUUCCUCACCCGUCACAUCGUCUUCAGCCCCACCGACAACGACUGGAAGAUGACCUUCCGCUACUACCACGACCCCGAGUGCAGCCGCCCCUCCUUCACCCUCGCCGCCCACGGAUCCUACGCCCGCGCCGCCCCUUCGCCCUACGCCUACGACUUCCACGUGAGCCGCAUGGUCCUGACGCCCGACGACGCCGACCUGGCCAACGCCCUCAACUCCUACAAGGGGAAGGAGUGCGGGCGGCCUGGAUCGUGGGAAACGGGGAAGCCUCAGGACAUCACGCCCACGGGAGGCUGUCAGGCCGUGGGCGUGCGAGUUCCUGUGGUCGAGAAGGAGAUUUUGCGCUCGGGCGUGGACGAGAACGGCGGCAUGUGGCUGGCACUCGGACAGACGGCCACGACGCCCCUGCAAGUCGGGGGCCUCGCUCGCCCGACCAGCUGGGGACCUCAACUGAUCAGGUGCCGGCACUACUCGCCGCAGGACAUAGAUAAUAACCUCCAGCCUAUGGUGGGAGCUCGCACGGCCUACUCUGCCGCCCACAACCACGCCCAGUCACUUUUCAGUAUUGUCUUUUUGUGUCUAAUGGUCGCGAUCCAGGCACCUUGAAGGGAAAGAGCGGGAAAUGAAGGUUAAGUUGAGUUACCCCUCUAAAUGUAAUCGCGUCAUAGAAAACGAUAAGAUUUCAAGGGAAACUAAAAUAAACUUAGAAGCAAUCAAAUUUUCCUGUAACUCGCUCUUGCACAGUAUUAGCAAGUUACAGAUUUAGAAUUAAGUAUUCUAGUUGUAUGGUUUAGCAUGUUCCCCCUUUUUUCAGACGCAAAACUAUAAUUUGGGUGAAGGUCUUGAUAACAUUAACUUAUAAUUCAUAGCCAUUACCUCAGACACAGCAAUAUAAAUCCACGUUUCACUUUUACUUGGUAUUUUGGCGGUAUAAAAUAUAAAAAAAUCUAAACUUACAAGCAGUUAAUUUCUGCUCUAUCCCUAUAUUAUUUUUUUCUAACAUUCCACUGACCUGUUCGAGACAACUGUAGGUUUGGCAUUUACUUUCUCUGGGGGAUCAGUUGCUGUGUUCAUACUAAUACUCUUUUAUCAAUCAAAACAGACGAUUUAUAUAAGGAAACUUGUAUGUUAAUAAGCUUAACUGUUAAGUCAUUUUUAUUUUCAUGAGUUAACAAUCUUUACCACUAAAUGAAAAAAGAGGGAAAGAUUUUUAGUGGUCUUUUGGAGAAAAAAAAAAUGAAGCAUCGAAACCGUGAAAUGAAAUAUGGUUCACAUAGGAGCCCUCGAAUCGCGAUUGUUUUCGGAAUGUUUAUGUUGAAUGAAUCUCAGAUUUUAGAAUGUCAGAGAAAGUAUAGAUACGUAAUUAUACUUUUAUGAUGGACUCUAUAUAUAAUUAGUUAGGUUUAAAUUGGCGUUCGUUGCAGAGAGCAUUGCGUUACCUCGCAUUGCAAUGACAAAUAUGUAAUUCCUUGUAGAUAGAUAAAGGGCUUUUUUUAAUUAAAUCAAAAGAUCACACACACAAAACCAAAUCUCGCAGUUCAACCCCGUAAUUCACAAGAAACAAGACAGUUAACCAGACCAUGCAGGUCACCCAGUGCAAACUCACGUACUGCACAUGGUCACACUAAGUAGGCCUACCCCCAUGGUAUUCGUACAGCCCUCUGAAUACCCCCCAUGGUCUUCAGAAUACCCCCAAAUACCCCCGGAUAUUCCUCACACACACGCACACUCAGUAAAUCACAACCUGAGCCGCCGUUUCACAUUUCACACAACUCCAAGGUAAAAAAUUCUUACUUAAAGAGUUACUUUUUUAUUACAGUUAUAUGUUUAGCUAAACUUUUUUUUUCUUCUUCUUUUUCUUGAACAAUAGCUAGUAUAUAUUACCACCCCACUAUUUCCACGACAGGUUCAUCGUAAAGAAGCCACAGUUGCUAGUACAAAAGCUACAUAACCAAAUAACAGUACAGAAAGACCACCCCCACCC